CUUGAGCAUAAUGAAAAGUAACUUGUUUUCAAAUAAUUAAAACAGCGAAUCCAGUAUGCAAAAACAGAUUCAGAUAUAAUAUCUAAAAUGCGUGGCACCUUUGCUGACAAAGAAAAGAAAAAAGAAAAGAAGAAAGCCAAAACUGUGGAACAGACAGCACUGACUGCUAAUAAGAAGCCUGGUCUGGGAGCACCAAAUUCAGUUAACCCCCAAGGAAAUGCAACGCCAAACCCUCAGGUCCCUGAUUACCCUCCAAACUAUAUUUUAUUCCUUAAUAAUUUACCAGAAGAGACUAAUGAGAUGAUGUUAUCCAUGCUGUUUAAUCAGUUCCCUGGUUUCAAGGAAGUACGUUUGGUACCUGGGCGGCAUGACAUUGCAUUUGUUGAAUUUGAAAAUGAUGGACAGGCUGGAGCUGCCAGGGAUGCUUUACAAGGAUUUAAGAUCACACCAUCUCAUGCCAUGAAGAUCACCUAUGCCAAGAAAUAACAUUUGGGAGAGUUGUCUUUAAAGGACUUGGAGUUAUUUAUAGUGUUUGUUUUCAUAACAAUUGGUCAGGCCAUUCUAAUAGUUGGGGCUGGAAGAAAUGCAAGUAAAAUUUUUGUGUAGAUUUUUAAAAAUUACCUACUAGUGAACUAUGAAAUGUGAAGGCCUUAAUUUUGUACAAUAAAGUUUUAUACAUAAUACUUCAUUUAUUGGCCCACUGUCCUAUUGUCAAAUACUUGUGCUAAGUCUAGAGCACAUGUUAAGGUAAAUAAAACUGUAAUAGGGUGUUUUUCUGGUAUUGGAGCAGCUAAUGAGAAACUGAACCAUUUUAGUAAAAGCAAAGGGGAAUUAGAUCAAGUUCUUGAUUAGAUUUUCUGUAAUGUUAUUUUGUAUGCAUAUGAACUGGGCUGGAGCUAAAUUUGAUCUUCAUAUUCAAAUAAAUGAGCAUAGUAUUUUGCUAGUAGUAGGCAUUUCACAAA